AGGAAUGUCAGCAAUGUAAAAGUCCAAACCAACUAACCCUCCCGUUACUGGACUCCUGCAAUGGGUGCUGAACAGUCGCGCACUGGUGCUGUGGUGCCGGGUAAUGGUGCCGCGGUGCCGCACGGCAUGAGCACACUUGGACCCAACUUACAGAAGAGAUUCUCUAAAGGCAUUCAAUAUAACAUGAAAGUGGUGAUAAAGGGAGACAGGAAUGUGGGAAAGUCUUGUCUGUUUCACAGAUUGCAGGGAAAUUCCUUCAAGGACGAGUACAAUCCAACGCAGGAGAUACAAGUUGCAUGUAUCCAGUGGAACUACAAAGUGACGGACGACGUUGUAAAGGUGGAGAUAUGGGAUAUUGUUGAUAAGGGGAAGGUUAAAAAAAGGGACGGCUUAAAGAUGGACACAGAAGAGGCUGAUGUGGCUCCAACCCUGGAUGCAGAGUUUAUUGAUGUCUACAAAGGAACGUCUGGCGUCAUCAUGAUGCUCGAUAUUACCAAGUAUUGGACUUACGAAUACGUACAAAGGGAAUUGGGAAAAGUUCCAUUGGAUAUUCCUGUGAUUAUCAUGGCAAGUCAUCGAGAUAUGGAGCAUAAAAGAGCUGUUCUUACUGAAGAAGUGCAAUCUUUCAUUGCCGAACUAGAGAGGCCAUCUGAUGCAGCUGCUGUUUACUACAUGGAGGCGUCCAUGUUGGACGGAUUCGGACUCAAAUAUUUGUACAGAUUUUUCAACGUUCCGUUCUUAGAACUACAGAGGCAGACCCUGUUAGCACAGUUGAGACGAAAUGAAGAGGAUCUGGAGGCUAUCAAGGUAGAGCUAGAUGUACACGAAAAGUCUGAGGAACAAGACUAUGAUAGAUUUAAAGAGUACCUAGAGCGGAAACGAAAAGGACUCCCCAGUACAGGUCCGUGCACUGUGUCCGCUGGAGCUAACGAAACUGCUGACUCUAUUCCCUCAUCUGAAGGAACAGAUGUGUCGGAACUACAGGAUGGCACCGCCAUGUCCCUUAGAAGUAGACUUAGUCAGAAAGUGUUGCAGAACACUCCACUUCCAGCUAAACUUAACCCGACGGACGUCGGGGUGGGCAAGCAACGAAUAGAAAACUUCGUACCAGAGGGAAAGCUAGACACAAACUUCUUGGCCGAGAGCAACAACCCUAGCCCUAAACCCAGUCCUAAACCUCAACGUGCUAAAAUAAAUGAUGUGCAUAUAUCAGACAGUGAUGAUGAGCCGUCCGGGAAUCCACAGGUCACUAUGGACCAGGAAUCACCUGACGAGGAUGAUAUGGUCGUUGUGUACAAAGUCCCAUCUGAUUCAGAACCAGAACCUGUACCAGAACCAGAACCCUCCAAGACCCUGAAGAAGUCACGGAAACCUCCGAAGAGUUCGGAUGAGGAAUCGUAUGACGAUGGAUAUAAACCCAUCGAUGUAAUGGCCGACGAAGAAUUACCGGUCGAGCCCGAAAGUGAAACCAAGAACAGCAACGUGGCAGUAACAGAACCCAGUGCCUCAGUAAUCGACAUGGGGCCUUCCCCAUUACAACCCAUAGACCCCACAUCAGUUCCGCGCCAUUUUAAACCUAUCUCCAUCGGGGAUGAAGACUCUUCAAAUGACGCCACCAGCGAUGAGGUCAUCAGUGAACCAUGUGAAAUUAUCACUCCUGAUAUCGUAGUUAUCAAUGACGUGGAAGUGGAGGUGACGCCGCAAGAGGAAACCAACUCAAUCACAUCGCUAGAGGAUCUGACUUUGUCGGAGACAAUAGCUCCUCCUCCUCCUCCUCCAGAGACUGUUACUCCGGUUCCAGCCCCUCAGAUUGAUCUAGAUGUUCUCGAGAGGAUCUCGUUUGCACCGCCUAUAGCUGUGGCACCACCGAAGAAGUCUCCAAAGACAAAGAAGCGCUCUAGUCCAAAGCGAGGGCAAAGUCCAAAGGUGGAAGUAGUCCCUAAAAAGAAAGUCCCUCCUAAGAAGUCAUUGCUCGACAUUCAGUUGACUAGUAGUGAUGAGGAUGAUGAGCAGGCCCCACCAGCUACAGAGUCCCACACCCCAGAAGAGUCGGUUCAAGUGAUGAGUACGUACGAGGAACCAGAAGUCUCACAUCCAGCUCCCCCCAAGAGACUCAAUUCUACCGGCUCUCUCAAGCUUACCCACGUAGAGCCAAUUUCUCUUGUACCUGUUGAAACUCCAGCUCCUACUCCAACUCCUGCCCCCAAAAAGGGGAAGAAAAAGAAGCGAGAGAAACCAACAGAAGAGAUCAGAGAAAAGAAGAGACAAGACGAAUUGGAGGAGAAAACUGCAGACGAGAUCAGAGAAAAGAAAGAGCGUGAUGAAUUGGACGACUUCUUUGGAGGCGGUGAAGUGACCACGACUACUCGGGAGAAGCCCAGAAAAAAGAAAACAAAGAAGAAGAAACCGAGAACUGCAGCCAACAACCCCGGUGUCGACGAAUACGAACAGUUUUGAGAUAACUACAGAACCGCAUAUAAUUCCUCUCUUUUAAAUCAUUUCAAGAGUAUUUACUAGAAUAAGUCGCCGAUAUUCUAUUUCUAGUGUUGUUACUACAUAUUACUUUGUCUUGUUUUCUACUGAAUUUAUUGAACAGAUUGUGGAAUAAUGACUUUAUACAAUGUUGUAUUUAGAUUAGGGCAUACCUUGUGCUGCUGAUAUAAUAUUAACUUUUGAAAUACAAAAUUCUGCCGGUAACUAAAUUUUCUGGCCAUUCAUCGCAUAUUAAGCUGGACUUUAUGCAACAUUUUAACAGGAAUUUAUGAUAUGAAUAUUGAAACGAGUCGUUAAUACUUUAAGAGACGAUGACACAGACAUGUACAAAGUUGUGAUAAACAAGCCAAACAUUAACAUUUGUAAUUGUAAAUACGGUCCUUGAUUUAGUUGUUAAUUAAUGAAAGAUUAGCCGUGAACUUUCUUAGCGAGUUUGUGUAAUCUUGUUUUACAAUUUAGUCUUUAAAGUGUUGUUUUUCUUCCUUGGCGUGGUGUAUAGUAGUACGAGCAAUUUGUUGAUUUACUUGUUAUUGUAAUUUAUUCCCGUAAAAUUGCCAUUCGAUUCGUAUAAA